UCUCAAAGUCCAUCUUCAACUUUUCAACAUCAUUCUUCUACCACAGAAGAUCACCAGGAACCCCCACUCCAAUUUCACCCAGUCUCUUAUUAAGGAGAAAGGGAGAACCAGAUACUAAAAUAUGAGAUCAACAAUACAAAAAUGCUACGCAACAGCGCCUUACAUAUCCCGGCGCUCACUCCACCAAACCUCCCUCCGCUCAUCACCAUCAGAAAAAGAAUCCAACAACUCACCACCACCCCCAUCCUCACCAAAAGACUCCUCCGAUUACACCGAAGACUUCGACCUCGACCCAGACGACUUCUACUCCUCCCGCCCAUACCAAAUCGACCCAACCACAAAAUCCGUCCACACCAAAACCGGCCUCACCCUCCCCCUCAGUCCCAUCAUGGACCCAACCUACCACUCCUCUCGCAACCGGUGGAAAGAGCGCAAACCCACCUCCCGUCCGCCCGGCCAACGCGUCUCCAAAUUUUCACAACUGCUCGAAUCCAACCCCUUCGCUUUGGCCCUCGCCGCCCCCCUCCGCGCCUGCACCGCCACCGACGUUUUACUGCCCAAACCGUUCCUCCAGAAAUUCAACCUCCUCCGCCACCCGGACACGGACGAGCCGUGGUUUGUGCCUGCUGAUUUAUCGCCUCAUGAGGCUGCUGGUGCAGCGAAGGAAAAGGAAAAAGACCAGGCUUUGGGGCCGAGUGGGUAUACGCUGAGCAAUCAAACGCUGCUGCACGAGUUUACGUUAAGGGGCAGUCCGUACUUUGGGAAUAAUCGCAAGCUGUUGAGGCGGAACGCGACCAACAAGACGGGGUUGACGGAGGUGCUGAAUAAAGCUGUUUGGAGGGAGGAUAUGGGUGCGUUAGUACUCAAGAUGAUGCGACGAAGAAUCGUGGAUGAGUUGUUGUAUCUGACGGGGAAGGUGACGGGGAGUUUGAGGAGGAAGUAUUUGACCCCGUUGAGGGGGGGUUAUGAAGAGGCGAGGGAGAGGAAGUUGAGGGGUGCUUUGGUUUAUGUUGGUGGUGGGGGGCCGGGGAUGGCUGGAAAUGGAAAGGGGGAAAACAAGGUUAUGAAGCCCCCGAUGAGGGUGUCGACGCUGGAGAUUAAGGGGGAGAGGUAUAGUACCAAACUGCCGGUUUAUGAUGCUACGGUUUUACUCGGGGAGGAGGAGUUGAAGAGGUUGAUGCUUGAGGAGACGGGGUUUUGGAGGCAGGCGCAGUUGUUUGCGGUGGGAAGGGAGGCGACGACGGAACUGCAGAUGAAGUUGUGGAAGUUGGAGGGGUAUAUGGCGAAGGGGGAGUUGCCUCGUGGUGAUGAGGUUGAUGCGGCUAAGGCUGCCGAAACAAAGGUUGAGAAGAGGGAGAAGGUGCGUGGUGUUCAGGGGCAGGUUGAUGCUACGAAACCUCCAGCAAGGGACGUAAAGGGAGGAGGUGAUAGACGCGUUAGUGGAUGGCAAGGGGUUCGAAGAGUCUAACGACAAACAAAGGGCAAGAAGAACACCAACUACUCAUCCGAAUGCGCCAUGGCUGGAUUACAGAAGACGAGCAGUGUGAGUGACCGAGCCACUUCAGACGUAUGUUCGCUUUGCGAUCUUCACCCACUUUGUUUGCUUCCGUAGGAUAUCCGUUUUGCAACGAUGCACUAAAAGGUGCGAGAUCGGUGAUGUUCCCAACACGUUCGAGAGGCCGGCGAGAUGUCAAUCCAGGAUUUUGCCGCAGUACAACCAACCCCAUGUCAGUGACGGCAACGGGACGGAUGUGCUUGAACAUUCACCCCGUCCUACCAUCACGCAGAUCUCCUCCUCCCCCUCCUUUGCCUAGUCAGUAGCUAGGGU